UCACCACCAAAAGCCCUUCCUCUUGUUCUCUAGUCUCAGAAAGAACUUGCUUUCUUGUGAGAGAAAAGCAAGGGUCAAGCUCUCUCUGCUUUCCCUUUUCCUUCCUUGUGUUGGAUCACCUUCUUCCCUUCCCACUAUUCUGUUUUCUGAGCUUGAGGAGGGGGGCUGUCCGAGGGAAAAUCGAAGCUCUGAGCUCCCUCGAGCUCUUGAAGAUCAUAGAGGGCGAAAGGGGGGGAGAAACCAAGACAUGCCCAAUUAUUUUCAAGCUUCGUGAGUGAUUUUUGGCUUCAUUUGAAUGAUGAAGGAUGUAGCAUCCUGGUCUGCUGAGCUUAGUCAUAACGUUGCGAGUUCAGGCUUUUUCCUCAAGGAUUUGCAUUUUUAGGUUGCAAAUUAUGCUAGAAAAGUUAAAUUAUGGAGAUAACUAUAGAUCAAAGGCAGAACAGGAGGAUUUAUUGAGGCCGAAGGAGAAGCAACGAUUCACAACCACUUUGGCAAACCAGUAAACCCUGUUUAGUAUUUAUAUAGACCACAAGCUUUAAACAGGAUGUGAGCUGAUGUUCCCUAAAAUGGGCCUGUGGACUGUACCGAUGGAUAAUCAGAUACAACUUAUUUAGUGUUUAGACUGUUAGUGUUACGGUUGAUUAAGGUCUUUUUACCUUGAAGUCUUUGUGUGAUGAUAAGUAAUUUGGGACAUGGAGAGGGUUUCAGAGCCAAAGACACUUCCGCGAACAUUACCUGUUCUAGUUGAGGUAUCAAAUCCACACACAAGUACAGCAAGGAGAGAUGGUCAGUUGUCAAAUUCACAGGAUAUUUCGAGUAUGCGUGGGAUUUCAGUGAGAGAAGUCCAUCAAUUGUCAAAAGCACAGGAUAGACCAAUCACACGGCUGGCCUCUAUCAGAGAAGUGGCUCAGCUAUCAAAUGCCAGGCUAGUUUUGAUUAGAGAUGAUAUAGGAUUUGAUGGUCAAGGCUCUCAUGAACCUGUUCACUUUGCACCUGCAAGAUCACGGAAAGGAAAGGCAUCUUUACCAGAAUCAGAAGGAAUUAUAUCUGACGUUGAUGCAUUAAAGGGGAGCUUUGAUUUAUUUGAGGAAGGAGGCCCCAGUUCAUUUGCUGGUGCUAGUCACCCCCCUGAACCUGUUGAUACGGAUCUCAUGAGAACAGUUUAUGUACCAAUUGGUCAAAACAAAUCUGAGGCUGGAGGUUUAAUGAAGAGCUUUUCCGUGAAGGGUUCUGCCCUAGAAGAUCUCUCAAUUCGUGUUCCGCCUAAAAAACCAAGCCCAGCUGUUCUUUCCCCUGCAGAAAGUCUAGUUGAAGAACAAAGUGGUGUGGGGAACUUGCCCUCUCCUGUUUUGGGUCCUCGUACAUCACAGAAUACUGAUCACUCUCUCCUUCCUCCAGAUUCUGAGGAGAAAGAAUGUGUUUGGGAUGCAUCUUUGCCUCCAAGUGGAAAUGUCAGUCCACUUAGUAGUAUUGAUAGUACUGGUGUUGUCACAGCAAUGAGCAUUGCUAAUAGUUGUGCUAGUACAUACCGGAGUGAUGCGCUCACUAGUGAUGGCAUGCUUAGUUUAGAUAGGAACUUUGAUUGUACAAAGGGGAGUGUUCGGGGUGAUUCUCUGGAGAGUACAAAAACUAGUGCUAGUCAAGCAAGUGAUAGCAGUGGGUUCAGUGAUGAUAGCAACUGGAGCAAUGUUACCGGUAGUGCCAAUAAGCCUCACAAAGGAAAUGAUCCUCGGUGGAAGGCUAUCCUUGCCAUCCGAGCUCGGGAUGGGUUUUUGGGUAUGAGUCAUUUUAAGCUUCUCAAAAGACUUGGUUGUGGUGAUAUCGGAAGUGUAUAUCUCUCAGAGUUGAGUGCAACACGGUGUUAUUUUGCGAUGAAAGUUAUGGACAAGGCAUCCCUAGAAGCCAGAAAGAAGCUGACUAGGGCACAAACUGAAAGGGAGAUAUUGCAGCUGCUUGACCAUCCAUUUCUGCCAACUUUGUAUACUCAUUUUGAGACAGACAGAUUUUCCUGUCUGGUGAUGGAAUACUGUCCUGGAGGUGACCUGCACACCUUAAGGCAACGUCAACCUGGGAAACAUUUCUCAGAGUAUGCUGCUCGUUUUUAUGCCGCGGAGGUUCUUUUAGCGCUUGAAUAUCUCCACAUGCUUGGAGUAGUGUAUCGAGACCUUAAACCAGAAAACGUGCUGGUUCGAGAUGAUGGUCACAUUAUGCUUUCGGACUUUGAUCUCUCCCUUAGAUGUGCUGUUUCACCAACAUUGAUUAGAACAUCUGAUAGUGACCCUAAACGAGGUGGUGGUGCAUUUUGUGUUCAACCUGCUUGUACUGAGCCUUCAUCAGUGUGCAUCCAACCUGCCUGUUUCAUCCCUCGGCUCUUCCCUCAGAAAAACAAGAAAUCGCAGAAGCCUAAAGCUGAGCCAGGGUUAUCAGCCAACACACUUCCCGAGCUUGUGGCCGAGCCCACUUCAGCUCGGUCCAUGUCCUUUGUUGGAACCCAUGAGUACCUUGCUCCUGAAAUCAUCAAAGGAGAAGGUCAUGGCAGUGCAGUGGAUUGGUGGACAUUUGGAAUAUUCCUACACGAGCUCUUAUAUGGUAAAACGCCUUUCAAAGGAUCAGGGAAUCGUGCUACACUGUUCAAUGUGGUUGGCCAGCAGCUCAAAUUUCCAGAGUCACCGGCCACUAGCUAUGCUAGCCGGGAUCUGAUCCGAGGCUUGCUGGUGAAGGAACCGCAGAAUCGGCUUGGAGUAAAGAGAGGUGCAACUGAGCUCAAGCAGCAUCCCUUCUUUGAGGGUGUAAAUUGGGCUUUGAUUAGGUGCAGCACGCCCCCGGAAGUGCCCAGACCAGUUGAGAGUGAGAUUCCUGGGGCCGUAAGAUUCGGACCACCAGAUCCGGUUGGCAACAAUAGUAAGAGGAUGGUAGGUACUGACAUGAAGUCUGGGGGUAAAUAUCUAGACUUUGAGUUCUUCUAGUAUGGAUUUUCAUAUCUGGUUUGAAUUGUGUAAGCAAUAUCAUCAGCUAAUUUUGACAUGAGCUGGCUGUGCAUUAGCAUGUUACUUCUUCAGGUGGGUAUGUGAGAAAAACAUUCCAAUUCAAUUGGAAGGGGGGAAAAAGAUGAUGGCCUAAGCUUAGAGUAUUGUUGAUAUGGAUGAUUUUAUAAUUUAAUGUUCCCAAUACAAAAUUUAGUUAUUCUCA